AUCAAGCGCCCUCUGAAUGCAUUCAUGCUUUACCGCAAGUUCUAUCAAGACGUUGCCAAAACGUGCUGCACUAAGAACAACCAUCAACAAGUUUCGACAGUUUGUGGAGAAUCUUGGAAACGCGAGCCGAAGAAUCUCAAGGGCGACUUUAUCCGUCUGGCCGCGGAGGAGAGGAGAAUGCACGUAGAGGCUUUUCCCUCAUACAAAUAUGAUCCU